CAGCUGAUGGCACUUGCUGCGUCUUGCAGUUCCGUCUCGUUUGAGACGUGCCAGAAACGCCGCAACGCAGUGACGGAUAUCGUCUUCCCGCGGAUUGUCCAAGUCGUAGCUUCCUCCUGAGGUCCGAUCGUUUAACGCACUCGUUUGCGUGGUCGUUGCGAGUCGAUCAAGUCCCAUGCGUGUCCUCCCGAUGACGCUCCAGAACUUCACGCGUGUCGAGGAUCCACGUUGUUCCGACACGUUGUCUUUCUAGUUAGGAGAAUUGCUUCACGUCGGACGUGACCAGAAUGUGACCAGGAUGUGCUGUGUGACCGCCGAUAUGGCGUGGAACUUCCCGGUGUGCGCGUGUCGAUCGAGCGGCGCACCAAGCAGGACGGUGUAGAUUAUUGUAGAUGGUGAAGAGCGGACGGCAUGUCUUCCACGUGAGUGAGACCGAUCCGAGAAAGACCAUGAGAGCUUCCAACUCCUCGUCCAGCACGAGUUCCGUGUACACCAGCGCCGACGAGGCGCACCGUUCCACCGGUCACGAGGGGAGCAUUCGGUACCCGGAUGUGGAGGAUGUCGGGACCGCGUGGCUCCUUGGUUCGCAUCCUUCGCGCGAUAGGUCGAAUGGGUUCGUCGGCAGGCUUAAGAUAGACAAGUCACGAUUUCGCAUGCGAUAUAUUCAUGCAGUAAUCGGCACCAUUGUAGCUAUUUUGGUAGUGGCGAUAAUUAUCAGUCUCAGUAUUUACCAUGCUGGUGGCGGGAUCUCGAAUCUCCGCAAGUAUCCGAAAGAUGACGAAUUUCUGCUACCAGCCGAUCCAGAAAAUUUGCAGCCACCGUCGUGGAGCAAGCUAAGAACCUUUAGACGCGGUGCCGUAUGCGCGGAUGGAGCACCAUGCGCUGUCAUCGGCAAAUCAAUUUUGGAGCAAAAUGGAUCGGCGGUGGAUGCUGCGCUGGCUGCGCUGAUAUGCAACGGACUGGUGAACAUGCAGAGUCUGGGAUUCGGCGGUGGAUUUCUAAUGACAAUUUACGAGAGGUCCACGCGCCAGGCCUUCGUCCUCAAUGCCAGGGAUCGCGCACCCUUGGCAGCGAAUUCCACGAUGUACAACGGCAGACCUGCGAAUGCAUCCUCGUUCGGCGCAUUGGCGGUUGCCGUUCCUGGCGAACUGGCCGGUUACUGGGAGGCCCAUCAACGAUUCGGCAAAUUGCCGUGGGUGGAUCUGUUCAAGCCAAGUGUCGAGCUCUGCGAAAAGGGCUACCGCUUGACACUGGCGCAGUACGACGGCCUCGUAUAUAACAAAAAUAGCAUUUAUAAUGAUCCAACUCUUAGAGAAUUGUUCGUUGAUCCCGCCACCAACAAAUUCCACAGCGCAGGAUCCGUCAUUAAACCCAAAACUCUUUGCGAGACACUGCGGAUCAUCGCUGAAAGGAACGCGACCGAAUUUUACAACGGCACAAUUGGGCGACUGCUUGUAGAUGAUUUGCAGGAGCAAGGAGGAAUCAUAACUAUGAGAGAUCUCAAUGAAUACAGAGCCACGUGGGCCUCACCGUUGCAGACAAGCUUUUCAGACGGCACGAACCUCUUCACCACGGGACUACCCGGUAGCGGAGCACUUCUCUCGUUUAUUCUCAAUGUCUUCGAGGAUUAUGGCUUCACGUCGAGCAGCACAGCCGAUUUCAACGCAACGACUCUCACGUAUCACAGAAUGAUAGAAACGUUCAAGUACGCGUACGCGUUCAGGACGAAUUUGGGCGACAGCGCUUACGUCGAUAUGGCCGAGAUAACCAGAAAUCUGACGUCGAAGAGCUUCGCGCGAGCAAUACGCAAGAAGAUAAACGAUGAGAGAACGUGGCAGGAUCCACGGCACUACGAUUCGUCCAUCGGCUUUGGCACUGAAGAUCAUGGUACUGCACAUAUCUCGGUAUUGGCGGAAAACGGCGAUGCAGUGUCAGUUACUAGCACCAUCAACUAUUAUUUUGGUAGCGGAAUGGUCAGCAGGAGAACCGGUAUUCUGUUGAACAACGGCAUGGACGACUUCAGCAUUCCGUCGCGGCUCAGCUACUUCGGUAUACCACCCAGCCCCAAUAAUUACAUCGCUCCUGGAAAGCAGCCCUUGUCGUCGAUGGUGCCGUCAAUUUUCGUCGACCAACACGGUGACGUCAGGAUGGUCGUGGGUGCCGCUGGUGGCACGAAGAUCACGACUGCAGUGGCUUUAGUAACUGCGAAAAUCUUCUGGAUGGGACAGACGGUUAAGGAAGCGGUGGACUCGGCGAGGAUACAUCACCAGCUGUUUCCACCGGAAGUAGCUUACGAAUACGGAGUGCCGAAACAGGUGAUCGACGGCUUGAAGCUUCGAGGACACGUUACGAAGCGCUACAGGGAACGUGGCAGCGUAGUCUGUGUGAUUUUAUACGCAAACUCCACGAUUUUUGCGAAUGCCGAUUAUCGCAAAGGCGGCGACGUUUACGGCAUCGAUUAAUUCGCGCUAGUGAUUCCGAGCGAUAAAAACAGAAACCUUUGCGAAUCGCGCCGAAUAUCUUCUUCCUGUUAUUAUAUUUACAUAUCUUGAUUUUGUUGUCAUUACUGAUGAGUCAUUUAAGCUUAUAGAAUUGCUAUGAAGAAUUGCAUCAGUAUUUUUUAGUAUCUUUCAGUAUUUUUCGUUUAUGCAUUUUUUACAUGUAAUGUCUAUAAAUUAAUCUCUAAUUAAUGUUACUCACUGAUCAUGAUACGUUAUCUUUGUGUCGAUUGUAUUUUCUUCUGCAACUCUGUAUCUUGUAAUUUUUCUGAAUUUGUGUCUAAUACGUUGAUACUGUGAUAUCUCGAUAUUCCUACAAGAGAAUUUUACUCUUUCAAGGACACCAUACACUAUUAUUCCUAUUUUUCCGAUUUGAUUCGUAAUUAUUCUUAAAAUGUCGCAUGACGCUACGCGGACGUAUUUAUUAGCGUCUCGCCUCGCUGAGAACGUUUUUUUAUAAGUGUAAAGCCUUGAGUCGACACUGUGAUUUACUUCCGAUUGUAAAUUGCUCAUUAAGUUAAUCGCAUCAGGUGUUUUACUUUGACUUCUACGGCUGUACAUUCUGAACUAGAUUUUUGUCCCACGAGACAAAAAUCCACAAAAAUAAAAUUUUCUAUAAUUUUAUUAUUUAAUAAAAGUAAGUUUUAAUAAUGCACGAGAGAUAAGGUGCGUGUAUGUGCGCGCGUGUGUGUAUAUACAUAAAUAAUUAAUCUAUUCUCGCAUUUUAUGCGAGGAAACU